AACUUAGAAUCGGAUUGGUAUUAAUUUGUUAUCAUCAUUCAAUCCAUAGCAAUUUUAUUGCAUUAAUAGCCAAAAAAAAUUAAAAAAAUUAAAAAAAAUCUAUAAACCCUCAAACCUCUUGUGGUGUUCCUAUCCUACAACUACAACCACAUCGGACAAACAAAAAAGUAGAUUUCAAGGAUCUAUAUCUUUGUCAACAGAGAGAUCAACGUUGUUGGUGGGUGCAUUGGUUUCUACACCCAAGUCAAGUCCAAAGCUUAGAUCAUUCAUUGGUUACCAAGUUUGGGAAUGGCGAGAGGUAACAGAUCAUCAGUGACGAGCAGCAAAUGGAGGUACUGCAACCCCUCCUAUUACCUGAAGCGUCCAAAGCGUCUAGCUUUGCUCUUCAUCGUUUUUGUUUGCGUUUCUUUCCUUGUUUGGGACCGUCAAACUCUAGUCCGAGAGCACCAGGUCGAAAUUGCCGAUAUGCAGAAAGAAGUGUCUGAUUUGCAAAAUUUGUUGGAAGAAUUAAAAAAUGCGCAAGGUGGUACUGCUGGGAAGAUUAACUUGAAGGGAAAAACUUUCAAGUCCAGUGAAGAGGUCCCAGAUGAUCCUAUUGAUAUUCAGAGAAGGGAAAAAGUAAAAGAAGCAAUGCUUCAUGCUUGGGGAUCUUAUGAGAAGUAUGCUUGGGGCCAAGAUGAACUUCAGCCACAGUCAAAGAAUGGUGUCAAUAGCUUUGGAGGUCUUGGAGCAACUUUAAUAGAUUCUCUUGAUACACUAUACAUUAUGGGUCUCAAUGAACAGUUUCAGAAAGCACGAGAAUGGGUCGCAAACUCUCUGGAUUUUAACAAGGAUUAUGAAGCAAGCGUUUUUGAGACAACCAUAAGAGUAGUAGGUGGCCUUCUUAGUGCAUAUGAUCUUUCAGGGGACAAAGUUUUCCUCAACAAGGCUAUAGAAAUUGCAGACAAAUUGCUUCCUGCAUGGAAUACUCAGACAGGAAUUCCUUAUAACAUCAUCAACUUGUCACAUGGACGUGCACACAAUCCUAGUUGGACUGGGGGUGAGAGUAUUCUGGCAGAUUCUGGCACUGAACAACUAGAAUUUAUUGCUCUAUCUCAAAGGACUGGGGACCCCAAGUAUCAGCAGAAGGUGGAGAAUGUAAUAACCCAGCUUAAUAAAACAUUUCCUGAGGAUGGAUUGCUUCCUAUCUACAUUAAUCCUCAUAGUGGAACAACAGGAUACUCUCCUAUCACCUUUGGUGCCAUGGGUGACAGUUUUUAUGAAUACUUGCUCAAAGUUUGGAUACAGGGGAAUAAGACUUCAUCUGUAAGACAUUAUAGAGAUAUGUGGGAGAAAUCAAUGAAAGGUCUGUUAAGUUUGAUUAGGAAAUCAACACCGUCUUCUUUUACUUAUAUAUGUGAGAAGAACGGAGGAUCUCUCUUGGACAAAAUGGAUGAACUGGCGUGCUUUGCUCCAGGGAUGAUUGCUUUGGGAUCAUCUGAUUUUGGUCCUGAGGAUUCACAGAAGUUUCUGUAUCUUGCAGAAGAGCUUGCUUGGACAUGUUAUAACUUCUACCAAUCAACUCCAACAAAACUGGCUGGAGAGAACUAUUUCUUUCAUUCUGGACAGGACAUGAGUGUGGGUACAUCAUGGAACAUAAUGAGGCCAGAGACAGUUGAGUCACUCUUUUACCUUUGGCGUCUAACUGGCAACAAGACAUACCAAGAAUGGGGUUGGAAUAUUUUUCAAGCUUUUGAGAAGAACUCCCGCAUAGAGUCAGGCUAUGUUGGACUGAAGGAUGUUAAUAAUGGUGUCAAAGACAACAUGAUGCAAAGCUUCUUUCUUGCAGAGACUCUGAAGUAUCUCUAUCUUCUCUUUUCACCUCCUUCAGUCAUCCCAUUAGAUCAAUGGGUAUUUAACACAGAAGCCCACCCAUUGAGGAUUGUGACAAGGCAUGAAGGGGGACUUGUUAAGAACUUAAAUCAGAAGCAAAAACCUUUACCUAGAUUAGGUGGCAGGAAGGAAGGUCGGUCAGGUUAGAUGUCCAUUUUUCUCUCUCUACCAUUGCUGGUUGAAACCCCUUUUACCAUGAUUCAAGAAGAGCAGUUUGUUCUGUGUUAUGGAGCUUGCAAGAAGAUGUCAUCAUUCUCUCAUUGGGAAACAGUUUGAGGCAGGGAGGGGGGAGGGGUUCAUUCUGCUACAGAUGGUAUGCAAUGUUGAAAUAGGUCUAUAUUGAAAUUCUUACAAAAUGGGUUUAUUUAAGGUGACUUGACCUUUUGUUGAUGAAUGACCCUUUUGAAAUUUAUGGGGAAUAGGUUGUGGUCCUGUAAUUUUUUCUGGAACCAAAUUUACAGAGCAUUACUUGACCCAGUUUAUGUAUCUGAGGCAUAUAUCUGCCCAUUCAAUAGAAGACAGUUCCUGUAUUGUACUAUAGAGUGGUUCUCAGUUUUCAACCAUUAACCAUUUUUUUCUAA